AUUUCAACACCAAGGAAUACAUUUAAAAAUAAAAAAUAGAAAUAAAAAAAAAUGCAUUUGGGACACAGAUUGCCUCAUGUAUUAAAGAAGUAGAAAUAUCAAUAUUUAGCCCAUAAUACAGCACCUUGCCCAAUGUUUAAGCCAUUUGCAUGAACACAGCCAAAAGAAAAUACAAAAACACACCAAAAAAUGUCUGGGGACCCAAAAGUAUUAAAUUAAAGUCUGCAAGAAACCGGUAGGGAUCACGUGACUGCUCAGGGGGCGGGACUGUGCGUGUGUGUUGACCAAUAAGCAGCGUGGCGUCGCUCCUGGUCCCGGCAGCUGCGUGGAAGAAAAAAAAAAAAAAAAAGGCCACAGAGAGGAUAACGAAUAACGGUUCACUCCAAUAUUCAGGAAGAAAAUCACAUUUCAUCCACGCGUCUGCUCCUGACUGUGACGAUGCACGCGUGAACACACGCGCUCAGAAGCGGUGACGCGGUGAACAUCUUGUGGGGGCUGACGGAAGCAAGCGGUCCACCAUUGUUUGCGUAGGAAUAAGGAUGGCCUGGAUGUGGAAGAGGAAGUCCUUGAUCGCCACCUGUCUGAUCGUGGCGGUGUCGCUCUUCGUGGUCGUGGUGAAACAUUCGGAGAACCCGUAUUUCCUCCUGCCGCCUGUUUUCGGUCAGGCGUUAAGCAGCCACAAGCCUCACCUGGGCUACAUCAGCAUCUCCAAGGAUCCAGCAUCUCAGAAGCCCCUGAAGCUGCACUGUGAUCUCUGCAGCAUUGUGUCCAGCUCUGGCCAGAUGUUGGGCCAAAGUGCUGGCCCACAGAUCGAUCGUUCUCCCUGCAUCUGGAGGAUGAACAACGCGCCGACUCGGGGAUUUGAGCACGAUGUGGGCCACCGGACGACGCUGAGAGUCGUCUCCCAUACGAGUGUCCCCCUGCUGCUGCAGAAACCCCAGUACUUCUUUGGGCAGGGCAAUGACACCAUCUACGUUGUGUGGGGGCCGCUGAGAAACAUGAGGAAGGAUGGGAAGGGAAUUGUGUACAACAUGCUGCGUCAGGCUGUGGAGAACUACCCGCAUGCACGCAUCUACAUCACCACAGAGGAAAGGAUGAACUACUGUGACACGGUCUUCAAGAAGGAGACAGGCAAAGACAGGAUCCAGUCCGGCUCUUACCUCAGCACCGGCUGGUUCACCCUCAUCCUGGCCAUGGACAUGUGCAAAGAGAUCCACAUCUACGGGAUGAUAAAUGACACCUACUGCAAGACAGAGGGCUACAGAAAGGUCCCUUACCACUACUAUGAGGCCGGCAGCCGGGACGAAUGUGCAGAGUACACGCUCCAUGAGAGCGCCCCCUAUGGCGGACAUCGCUUCAUCACAGAGAAGUCUGUGUUUGCCAAGUGGGCCAAGACUCACGCCUUCAAGUUCUUUAACCCGCCGUGGCAGCUGUCGUCAUCGCCGCCGUCGGUAAAGGAGCAGCUGAACGUCUACACUGACAGAAAGCAUGUUUCCUAAUGUGGUCAAAUAUCAACGUUCUCUCUGUAAACAAGGGUUGCUUUUCUAACCCAGUUUGGUCAAAACCCAGACUCCUGACAGUGACCAUUGAAUCUGACAGAUUUCCGUUGAGGUGUGAUCGACCACGCAGACUGCAAAAACAUAUCUCCUGCUUUUUCUCCUGGAUCUGAAAACUGAGGGAAGUGCACGGCGCACUGCACGGUGUUGACGAAUCAAUCCGUUUGCUGCUCUGUGAGUUCAGCAAAGGAUCGCUCCAAGACUGACUUUGAAUAAAAUAAACAACAUGAGAAUGAAGAAAACCAUCCGUCAAAUUGGCCGCAGGCACUGUACACUACAAAGGCUGAAUUGACUCUUUCCUCAGCCGCAGCGUGGACGUGUCACGCUGCCACCGACGUCUGAUGAGCCUCGCCUGCUCCGUCUCCUCCUCAUGACCAUCUUCUGUCAGGCUGUAAUUAAUCUUUAACGAGCGUUAAUCUCCGACUGAGGGAGUAUUGAGAGCAGAUUGUCUGUCAUUUUUAAUUUUCCUCUGCUUAGUUUAAAAGACGCUUGAACAAAACAAGGUCAUUUAAACAAAAAAAAAAAAAAAAGGCAAACACAAGGGAGCAAAAACCUGCAACAUGUACAUAUAAAUCAGCUUUUUAUAGUUAUGUUUGUUUGUUAUACCGUGUGUUUAAUCACACGACUCCAAGAUGUCACCACUUUUUAUACAGAAUGAAAAUUGAGUUUUAAGAGAUGUGUUUUGGUGUUUGCUUGAUGACCAGAUGUUGCUUUAUUUAUUCUGCAAGGGAGGAGAUCCUGAGGCUCUGCGAGCGUGUGCCAUUGUCAAUAGAAGCGGCACAUAGCAUAUAGAGGAAUGUGCAAUUAGAUUCCCCGUCCUUAUGGAAGGAGUAAAGUCAUUUGUGACCCCACUGAGGGAGAGAUUUAUGUUUGCAGUGAAAGCGUUUGAAGUUAAUUGUAUUUUAUUAUCAUUCCGUGCCUGCAAUAUACUCUGCAGUUUGUUGUGUGGGGACGGAGGGAGACGCUCGCGCGCGCUCUCCGUCUCCAUCAUCCUCUCGUUCGGCUUUGUGUGCCUCUUUGUGCGCCGUGUCACUUUGUGAACACAUCGUCCCCCGUUUGUCUUCGGACACCGUGUGCGCGCCGUCCGCUUCAGCCGUUUUACAUUUGAAUGCGUCUGUUUCCAGGACAGUGAGGAGUCAUUAGUGAACCAGUGAGGUGUGGAGGUAUAGGCCCCCCUUCUCUCACUCUCUCUGUGUCUCUAGAACUGUGAUUAGUGUCCUGGUCAGAGACGCAGCUUAAAGAGACGACUGGGAGGAUUCACAGACUUCUAAUUUAGACCAUUUGAUGCACAGACUCCCUGAUGACUGUAAUAUACUGCUGCUGAGCUUUACUAUUAGGGCCAGAUGAAAUUGACUGCGCUCAGUGUGUUUGCAUUUCCACAUGUGUGUAUAUAUAUAUAUAUAUAUAUAUAUACAUAUAUAUAUAUAUAUAUUCUGUCCAUACUUAAAUGUGUCAGUCCAGUAUUCCACAAAACCAGCCUUAUUUAUAUGUCCUUGUAUUGUUUAAACCCUGACUUGUACAUGUGUUUCCAAGGUUACAGUCUUCUCCAUUGUCUUCUUCAGCGUCCCUCCAACGGGACUGCAGCAGGGAGCAUGUACAGAAUGGAAGUGGACUUGCGGAGGUUCUUAAAUGGACGGAUGUCCACAUUUUUGUCACACCUCUGCGGAAACUAUGACUAUGACCCAGCCUUCUGCUGCAGUGCACUGUUUACAGUCCAUUACUCUGUCGCGAAUGAGCGGGUGAUUUACGAGACAGAAGACAGUGUUUGUUACAACUCAAGUGUGAGAAUUGCUUCUUUUUUUUUAACUUGUAAAUGAACGAGCGACAAAUGUUUCUUCACAGUUUUCAGUUCAAAAAACUAAACUCAAAUGUGAUUGCUACAGUUUCAGCGAUCACAAUUCCUAAGGUUUUACUAAACUAUUAUGUCAUAAGAAAUGAAUUUACCAUCAAAUACUCUUCAAAUCACAAUUUGAAAUAAUAUAACGUGAUUCUACCAUUUAACCUAUUAAUUAUAUGAUAUGGUUUUAACGCGUCCAUUCAAACCUCAGUUGAACAACAAUAAAUUACUAAGAAAAAGAACAUUG